UUCAAAUUUUUUUAAUCAUUUGUGCUUUUGGCGGUUGUAACAAAUAACAAAUGUGGAAUUAUUGUGUUAUUGUCAGAAUUUAUUUAUAUAACGUAUUUUAAUGUGUUCGAAGUAGAAGAUUAUAGGACCAUUUAGUAGCGGUGUUUUCUGCUUUUCUUUAACUAAAUGUAUUUAUGUUUUUUUUUUUUAAAUAUCGCUUUAGUAACAUGCUCAGGUUCCAGUGGACUUAGAUUUGUGGGAGAGGUCAUAUUUCCGUUUUGCCAAAUUAAAUUACAAAAGAUUUGAUGUGAUGAUCAGAAAUAUUGCUUCUUACAAGAAAGGAAUGAAAUGUCUAUGAUUAUGUGAUCUGAAAAAAUAGCAGUUUAAGGUCUGUAUAAACAAAGGCUGGAUGAAGCUCAAGAUAUUUACAAUGAACGGAAGAAAUCGAAAAAAGCGUUUCAGUACUGUAGGUCGAAGGACUGGCUAUGAUGUAAGAGCUGGCAAAAGAAUAAGAGAAAGUAAGGAUGGAAUGGAACGUUUUGAUGAUUAUUGGACCUCUUCAGGUGAUGAUACUGAUGCAAGCAAUCCAUCACCUCUGUGUUCUUCACCUGUCCUCUCAAAUGCACCUCGAAUGAGUUCAUUUAUAAAGAACAUCAAUCCAAGUCCUAGACGGGAAUUGCCUGCAAGAAUAAGUUGUGCUAGAACACCUACCUUAAAAAAGGAUUCUAAUGAAGAUGAAGUGCACUUAUCGGUUGUUCCAAAGCAAAUCAUAGAGAAAAAACAGCUCUUGGCCAAAGGGCGGCGAACUGGAGCAGAUAUAUUAGCUGGAAAAGAAAUACAAAUUAUUAAUGGAAUUGAAAAUUUUGAUAAUUAUUGGACAGAUAGUAGUGCAUUGACCACCAUGCGUGCUAGUAAAGCUUCAAAUAAUAGGUCUUCGGUACCAAACUAUACCCCACGUGGUAAAAUUUCAAACACCAGCCGCAAAUCUGUACGGAACAAGCCUGCAUCUCCGUGUGUCCCAUCAAAAUCACCCCUCUCUAGCGCAUCAACCCAUGAAGAAAAUGAAAUCAACCAGGACAAGAAUAAUACUAUAAUAAUAACUCUAAAUAAUAGGUCUUCGGUACCAAAUUAUACUUCUCGUGGUAAAAUUUCAAAUAUCAGCCGCGAAUCUGUAAGGGACACGACUGCAUCUCCAUGUGCCUCUUCAGCAUCACACCUUUCUAGCACAUCAACCCAUGAAGAGAAUGAAAUCAACCAGGACAAGAAUAAUACUAUAAUAAUAACUCCAAAUAAUAGGUCUUCGGUACCAAAUUAUAACUCGCGUGGUAAAAUUUCAAAUAUCAGCCGCGAAUCUGUAUGGAACAAGACUGCAUCUCCAAGUGCCUCUUCAACAUCACACCUCUCUGGCACUUCAACCCAUGAAGAAAAUGAAAUUAACCAGGACAAGAAUAAUACCAUGAUAAUAACUCCAAAUAAUAAGUCUUCGGUACCAAAUUAUACCUCACGUGGUAAAACUUCAAACAUCAUCCACGAAUCUGUACGGAACAAGACUGCAUCUCCGUGUGUCUCUUCAACAUCACACCUCUCUUGCGCAUCAACCCGUGAAGAAAAUGAAAUCAACCAGGACAAGAAUAAUACUAUAAUAAUAACUUCAAAUAAUAGGUCUUCGGUCCCAAAUUAUACCUCACGUGGUAAAAUUUCAAACAUCAGCCAUGAAUCUGUACAUAACGAGACUGCACCUCCGUGUGUCCUGUCAACAUCGCACCUCUCUAGCACAUCAACUCAAGAAGAAAAUGAAAUCAACCAGGACAAGAAUAAUACUAUAAUAACUUCAAAUAAUGGGUCUUUGUUACCAAAUUAUACCCCACGUGGUAAAAUUUCAAACAUCAGCCACAAAUCUGUACGGAACAAGACUGCAUCUCCGUGUGUCCCAUCAAAAUCGCACCUCUCUAGCCCAUCAACCCAUGAAGAAAAUGAAAUCAACCAGGACAAGAAUAAUACUAUAAUAAUAACUCCAAAUAAUAGGUCUUCGGUACCAAAUUGUACCUCCCGUCGUAAAAUUUCAAACAUCAGCCACAAAUCUGUACAGAACAAGACAGCAUCUCCGUGUGUCCCGUCAGCAUCACAACUCUCUAGCACAUCAACUCAUGAAGAAAAUGAAUUCAACCAGGAUAAUAAUAAUGAGAUUGAUGUCUCUGAAAGAUGUAAAAAGCGAAAAAAAAAUUCUGAGCAGCAGCAGAAAGUUGAAGUAGAAUCUAGUGUCACCCAACUUCGACGUUCCAAACGCAAGAGGUUUCCUCCAUUAGAGCGUUGGCGCAGCCAGCGCUUGCGUAUUACUUACGAAAACUUUAACAUUGUCAGCGUUGAUGUUGAUGAAGGAAAUGAGCCAAUUAUUGAUGAUGUGAAAAGAAUUAGAAGAAACUGUGAAAAAUAUGAAGAGAGAAGAAAGAAAAUGAAGUCGAGAAAACCCAAAAUCUCGGAAAAUUCGUUAAAUUUGAAACAAGUCAGAAGUGAAUUAACUAAAAUAGAAGUCUUUGACCCGACGACGAGUGAUGAAAAAUUUGUUUAUUUACACCGACCACAUAAUACUCUCUUAUGGUCAGUUCCUCCAUUGAAGGAAAAGAAGACUGCAUCGUAUACUAUUGCAAAGUGUUUUUCUAGUGAUUUGAUCUCGUUUGGUUUCAUUGAAAUCCGUUGUGGAAAGGAAAAAAGUAAGCAGCACUCGCCUGAGCACAACAUUGCCUUUAAUGUUAUCAAAGGGAAUAACUUAAAAAUGACUAUCCAUCAAUCAAAUUUCACUCUGAAGGAACUUGACUUUAUUGCCGUGCCUGCUGGAAAUAUUUACAGUAUUUUCAACAAAGGGAAAAGCGAUGCCGUUCUCAGCUUCUCAACUUUCAAAACUCCCAUGUUUGAUUAUCAGUUUCCAAACGCUAUGGAGGAUCACGAUUAAUACUUUUGCUGUCAUUUUUAUCAGAUGUCUGAAAGAUUCCCCUUCUAUGCCAUUUAUGUAUGCAGUUUUUGAAAUAUUAAACAUUCAGUCACAUGAAUGUGUUCAAUCUUCCAGGGAGACAAAAAUGAGAUUUAAAUUUACAAUAGUUUUCAAAAAUUCUCAUUUGAAUUUUAAAAAAAAAGUUUUUUUUUUAAUG